AUGACUAACAGGGAAAGCUGGGCGGAUGCAGUGGACGAUGAGGAGGUUGAGGGACCCUCAACGCUGCACUCUGACAGUGCAGGCAGGCCCAGAUACGAGACGAGAGAGGGAUGGGACGAGUCUGCGGACGUGAAGCGGGGAGUCAGCCGUCAGCGACUGGAUCUGACUCAUGGAUUCCAUCGCGAGAUCGUCAAGAACCAGAAGCUGCGUAGCCAGUACGAGCAAGAGUGUCGCGAGGGCAUGGCAAAGGCCAGCGACUACCAAAAAAGGCUGGAGUCAGUGGCGCCUCCUCAAGAUGUCGAGAACGUCACAACGGCCCCCCGGCACCGCCCAGAGACACGCGUGCGGGAGGGAUUCGCAGCGUAUCGCCCGCCGCCGGCUUUGGGGUCCCAGCCCAAGCUGGACCUGGACCGAAACGGGAAGGCGAGCGCGUCUGCCCAGGACGUGCCCGAGCAGGAGUCGAGCGCGGGGGGGGGGGGCAUGGACGCGGCCCCCGCCGAGCCCGGUGCUGAGGCCAAGCCACGGAGGUCGCGGCGGGGGGGCCGCAAGCGCCACCCUCGGCGGCAGGAGGGCGGCGAGGCCGCUGCGCACGAGCGCGGCGCGGCGGGAGGGCAUGGCGAUGAGGGGGCAGCAGAGGCCCAGACCGACGAGACCCUGGCAAGUCAUGCCGUGGCGGAUGUCGGGUCGGAGGUCACAGACUCCCCCGGGUCAGCCGAGGAGUGGCUGGGGGGCAGCGCUGCGGCGGCAUCCGGCUCGGAGGUCGGCGCGGCAGUGUCUGGGCCGCCGCCUGGGGUCGGUGCGCCGCCACCCGAGUUCAAGGACGAUGCGGCGGCCGCCGUGCCGGCGGGGGAGGGUGCGGGGCCGGCGCCGGCCAGCCCGCGGAGCGCGGAGGCUGGCGGCGCCGCCGCCCCCGCAGCCGUGCAGCCGCGGGACCCGAGCCAGGAGCGGGGCGAAGCCGCAGACCUGGGCGCUGCGUCGGCCCUGCCUGGGCUCCAGGGCGUCAUCGACGGCACCAAGCUGAUCGAUCUGAAGGCCGACGAGGCCAAGGCGGGCGGGGACGGCCGGCCCCAAAACUGCUCCAUCCAGUGA